UCAGCUUUCACCCGAACCAGUGCUGAAGUUGUUCAACGUCAACUGGCGUAGUUUUGUGCGCGACGCGCUGUCAAGUCUUCAAUCGACUUAGCCAUGGAAAAUAAGUCGAAAAAUGGAAUGCAGAUCCUAGCUGGAUUGACGUCUACAAUGGCAAUGCUCACCUGCGGUUACCAUAUCAGUUGGGCAUCGCCGUCUCUGCCAAAACUCGAGGCGGCCGACUCUGAUUUAUACUUGACAUCGGAUCAGGGUGCAUGGUUGGUCAGCACACUCACGAUGGGGUGCUUCUUGGGUACGAUGUUAGCUCCUCCGAUAAUCGACAAACUGGGUAGAAAAAUGUCACUAUUGAUAUCGACUGUACCGAACAUCGUCGCCGGUAUUCUUCUCGCCGUGUCGACAAAUUUCUGGGGGCUCAUCGCCGCAAGAUUCAUCGCGGGCAUGGCUCUUGGUAUCCCGUUGAUAGCGUUACCGAUUUAUGCAGGAGAGAUAGCUACCGAUGAAAUGCGAGGGGCCAUCGGAGCGUUCACCAGUCAAUUGUCGAACGUCGGAAUUUUGCUCACUUACUCCGUCGGUCCGUGGGUGAACAGAAUGGGUCUUGCGGGGCUCGGUAUAGCGUUGCCCGUCCUUUUUUUCUCCGUUUUCGUCUGGAUGCCGGAGUCGCCUUACUUUUUGAUGACGAAGAACAAACGGGAACGUGCGAUAAAAAGUUUAAGGUGGCUCAGAGGAAUCGAAGACGUUAACGCGGAAAUCAGGAAGAUCGAAGAAAGUAUCGAAUUCGACCGGCGGAACGCCGGAACCAUCAAGGAUCUGGUGAUGGUACCGGGAAGUCGAAGGGCGCUUCUCAUCGUAGUGACUCUGAUGGUAGGUCAACAAUUGAGCGGCAUCGGUGCGGUGCUCGCGUACAGUGGUCUGAUUUUCGAGGUAGCUGGAACAAACUUGGACUCGAGCGUUUCGGUCAUUAUUCUUGGAUUUCUUCAAGCUCUCACCAGCGUACUGUGCAUUUUUAUCGUAGAUCUGAUGGGACGGAAACCGCUGUUGCUCAUCUCCGCUGCCGGCUCGGCCAUUUCUUUGACAGGAGUCGCUCUCUUCUUCCAGCUGGAAGCCCUUUGUAUGGACGUUUCUUCGAUAUUUUGGCUCCCGUUGACCGGACUGGGUGGAUACAUAGUCUCUUACAUGCUUGGCUUGGGAACGCUCGUGUUUGUCAUCACUUCGGAGAUGUUCGCCUACAACGUGAAGGCCGUAGCGUCUAUGGUGAUAACAAUGGGAGGAAGUUUUACCGCGAUGAUCGUCACGAAGCUUUACCAAAUGGUCGCCGACGCUUGGGGGAUCCACACUGCGUUUUGGGGAUUUUCCGGGAUUACGUUAUUCACCAUAAUGUUCAUUACAUUUUUCGUAUCCGAGACGAAGCAGAGAUCACUGCAGGAUAUUCAGAAACAAUAUCACAAGUCGACGGAUUCGAAAAUAGCGUUGAAGUUAUCCGACCCGUAAUGAAUUUCCGGGUGACACUCGUCUGCCAGUCUUGCUGCGGGGGUUUGAAAGCGAAUAAUUUUGACACAGCUCCUAGGUAAACACUGGAACGUUGAACUUGAAUCGUGUCCUUGGAUUCGAUGUACACGUAGUUAAUUUGCGCGACUAGCUUAGCCCUUGUUACGAUCGUCGUUAUUAUUCUCAUUUUUAUUCUCAUUUUUAUUCUCAUGUUGUUCACGUGGUCGGACAGAUAUAAUUAUCGUAAUGUGCAAAUUCCUUCCAUCUCGGGUAUAAGUGAGUUUCAUUAAAAGGGAAUCAAUCAUCCGCUCGUAAUUGUAAUUGGAGAAUCUUUCAUCGAGAGUCUGUAGUUACGGCUCUAUGAAUUCAUAAUUGAAAACUGUAUAUUUCAUUUAAUUUACCUUUUACGCCUUACGUAACUACGUUUCAUCGACGAAACCACUCGUCGUUAGAGAACGAGGAUGGAAUCAUGUUGCCGACGAUAUGAUCGUUCAACGCCUGUAAAUAAAAGUAAACCAAAACAAACGACUUAUUGUCUCGUGUUUACAACCUUGUAAAGAAAAAAUAUACACGUUCAUGCUCUUUAUUUCACGGUUGCAAACUCACCGAAAACUUGUGACUCGCAAAAAUACAUCGGUGUAAAAAAAAAAAAUAAUAAUCGCCUUUCCGCUGAUUUCCG